ACUUCCUCGCAAGACGCUCUCGCGGUGACGCUGGAUGGAGAGUUACUAACCGCCGCGUCGCAGCGACGAUUGUAUGUACAGUAUUAGUUAUUAUCCUGAAGAGCUUACUACUAUGGUUCGUUUGAGAUUGCGACCAGUGCAUAGGAGACUGGACGAAACGCUCUGGUGCAUAGUCGGUGUCUUCUCAAGGUAGCGUAUCUUCCGUGUUCGUUGGAGAUAAGAAUCGUUCCGCAUAAGCCCCGGCUUGAUUUCAGAUGUAUUUUGAGUCGACUUAAAACAAACCCGCACAAGCCAGGUAAACUUUGAGUAGUCGAGUCGACCUUUGAGGCGCCUCGGACCUGCACUAAGCAGCAUUGUUUGGCGCUUAGGACUCCACCUAGCAGAAUCGACUCGGAUCCACGUACUUAACUAAGACUCGCAACCCCGAACUUGACGAAGACUCGCAUCCCCGAACUUAGCUAAGAGGAGUCGAUGAAGAUGGCGUCGGAGAACCCCACAACUGCCCGAGCAGCUGCUGCGUUGAGAGGAACAGACCAAGACGCAGACGCGCAGGUGCCUCGGCUUAGACGAAACCACGACACUGCCGCCGCGACUGGCGCUGCUGCUGCCACGCAGGCGCAGACACAAGGACAAGCGCAGCAGGCGCAGUCUCGGGCUCGGGCCCAGGCUCGGGCUCAAGGCCAGGCGCAGGACCGGGCGCAGGGGCAGGCGCUACCAGUGCGCCAGCAGCAGGGGGGAGGGGGAGGGGCAAGAGGAGCGGACGGAAGCGGCGGGCAGGCUGAAUUGCUGACACCUUUGGGCGAUUUACCCUCCGAAAAUGCCGCUUCUGGUGGCGCGAUAUCUUAUGGGAACGAGGAGGAGGGGGGAGACGGGGGAGGGGGCGGGGGAGAGGGGGGAGACGGGGGAGAAGGGGGGGAGGAUGAGUAUUAUGAUGAGGAUGAGGAGGAGGAAGACGAUGAGGGGGAGGAGGGGGGGCAGGCGGGGGGGAGGGGAGGGGGAGGAGGAAGGUCGGGAGAAGGUGGUGGGGGAGGGGGAGGUGGUACUGGGGGAGUGAGGCGGAGAGGGGGAAGCACGGCUGAAAGGGAGCAUAAGAGACUAAGGAGGCUGCUCCGCAACAGGGUGUCAGCGCAGCAGGCCAGAGAGCGGCGCAAAGUGUACCUUUCAGAGUUGGAGGGGCGGGUCUCGCAGCUGGACCAGCGGAACGCUGAGCUAAAAGAAACACUUAGCACCUUGCAACGAGAGAACUUCAUGCUAAGACAGGUGGCCCGCAACACAGCUCACGCAACCGAAGCUAACCAAUUUGACAUGGCCUGAGGAACCUACAGCCUGGCUCGUAUUUCUUUCCCACACAUGUACAUGUAACCCGUGCAUGCUCCAGAAGGGUGUCCUCUUAUUUACACGAAAUCGACGUUUUGAUUAGCGUUUAGGGGGAUUAGUGUAGGCUCAUCUUUUGAUUCAUUGACGGGGUUGGAAAGGUCUAGAAAGUGCAUUGCCUCUCCCACGGAGGGCCGAGCCACCACCCAUCACCCCUCAGCAGAAAUGGUUACAGUGAC